GGUGCUGAUGUGACACCCACCACUGGUUGCCAGGACUAUGGGGAAACUGCAGAGUAAAAUCAGCUUCCACACCACCAAAUACAGGUAAAGCAAUGGUGGGAGAUCAGUCCUGUUAAUAAACCAGGUGUGAGAGUGAAGAGAGCACAAAUGAGCAGAAAAUAUGGCAAGCACAGGGGUUUAGUUUCAUUAUUGGAUGUUUGAACCAGGUUUGCAUUUCUAAUCCUCACUUAUAAAGCCUGCUCAGCUUUUUGGGGGGACUGAAAUCCCAAGUGUCACUCACAGGAAUGGCCAAGCACAUAACCAUGGCCAGUGGUUGUGCUCUGUGAUGGCUGAGGCAGAGCUCUGAAGGGGAACUGCUCCAGGAGAGAGGCUCUUCGGCCCAAAUUCCCAAACUGCUUUGUUGUGUCCUCAGAGCCUGUCACCAGCCUUCAUGGCCAAGAUGAAAUAAUUCAGUCCCUGGCAGCAGGGAGGGGGAUCUGUGCCUGGAGAGCAGCACAGGGUGGCAGCAGGGGGGACUCAUGGCCAGGGAGGUGUCACAGCAAAGAGCAGCAGAGUCUGACCCAUGUGAGUGUGGAGGCUGGUGAGGUCAAAAUUUCUUUUCUUCUUUGCACCAGCACAGAGUGAGCGACAAUUAAAUAUUCAGCAGCUCUGGAGCUGAGAUAGGUCUGCUCCAUCUCACUCACAGCCUCUCUCUGGCUUUCCCAGACAGAUGUUGUAAUGUCAGAAGAUGCUGGAGGUGGCAGGAAAUGGCACCUGACCUCUCCUCCCAGCCCCUGCAUCUCCCACUGCUGUCCCUGUUCCUCUGCAGGGCCGACGGCUCCGUGGGACAGACGGGACCCGCCGGUGCCUCCCGGGAGCACAGCCCUGCUCACACCGACGCUGUCACCUCUGUGGCUGCUCUCCAACCAGACCUGUGUGUGUCAGGAGGAAGGGAUAAGAGCGUGGCUGUGUCCAGCUGGAGGUCCGGGGCUGCCCUGCGCCGCUUCACCGGCCACGAGCGCGAGGUCACCAAGGUCACCUCAGCCCUUGACUCCAACAGAGUCUUCAGCGCAUCCCGGGACAAGACAGUGAUGAUGUGGGAGCUUCACGGGACUUCGGGGCCAAGCCAGCACUUCCUAGGACAUGACCUGGUUGUUACUGGACUGGCUGUGAGCCCAGACGCCUCCCUGCUGUGCACGGGCUCCCGGGACAACACCGUGUGCAAGUGGGACACUGAGACCGGGGAGUGUCUGGGCAGAGCUGCAAUCUCCAGGAAUCUGGUCACACACCUGUGCUGGGUUCCUGGGGAGCCUUAUGUCAUCCAGACCUCAGAGGAUAAAACCAUCAGGGUGUGGGACAGCCGGGAGCUGCAGGUGGCCCACACGUUCCCAGCCAAGCAGCACAUCCAGACGUGCUGUGACGUGAGCCAGGACGGGCGGUACUGCCUCAGCAGCAGCAGCGGCUCUGCCGGCCACGGCGCCGAGGCCACCCUUUGGGACCUGAGGCAGACCAGGGGCCGAGUGUGUGAGUACAAAGGGCAUUUCCAGACCACCACCGCGUGUGUCUUCCUGCCCCGGGGCCCUGCGCUCGCCCCCAGCAUUGCCACAUCCUCCAGUGACAGCACGGUGAAGGUCUGGGACCAGGACACUGCAGCCUGCCUGGCCACGCUGUGUCUCGAGGGCUCGGGCUCGCUGGCCUCGCUGGCCGCCUGCGACAGCUCCACCCUGCUCUGCGCCAGCUCCAACUCUGGCAUCCACGUGCUCCGGGUGAGGGGCGGUGCAGAGCUGGCCCUGGAGGAGGUGGCAGCGUUCUGAGCACCAGAACCCCCUGUCAGACACUGUCCCAGGAGGAGGUGGCAGCGUUCUGAGCACCAGAACCCCCUGUCAGACACUGUCCCAGGAGGAGGUGGCAGCGUUCUGAGCACCAGAACCCCCUGUCAGACACUGUCCCAGGAGGAGGUGGCAGCGUUCUGAGCAACGGAACCCCCUGUCAGACACUGUCCCAGGAGGAGGUGGCAGCGUUCUGAGCACCAGAACCCCCUGUCACAGAUUGUCCCAGGGAGGGGAUGUGACCCCCAAGAGCUGCCCUGACGGCAGGCAGCAGGGACGCUGUGCCUGUGGGAUAUGACAGCGGGGCUGGGGGACUUGCUGGUUGGUUUAUGGGUGACAGAGAGGCAUCAGAGCUGUCCAGGAGAAAAGCCAAACUCUGGGAGCCUUCAGGCCAAGCUCUUGCUCCUCACUGAGCAUCCUGCAUUUUCCUUACAAAGCCUCCCUGCAGCCAGAGGCACAGGAUGGGCAGAGGGAGGAGAUGAGACACCAGGACCAAGGGACAGAUACCUGAGCACUAGGCUGAGCACACACAGCUGGACCUGUGCUUGGACCAGAGGAGUCUGCAAUGAAAUAAUUCUUCUGUGUUA